AUGCAAAUUCCACUUUAUAAAAGUGUAACAAAGCUUUGGGAUGCAUGGAAUCUCAGAGGCUUUGUUCUCUUAAGCCUAUGUCUACAAACUCUCUUAGUCCUUUUUGCUCCUUUUAGAAAACGAACUGCCAACAAAUUAGUGAUCAUCAUCAUCUGGUCGGCCUACUCGCUCAGCGAUUGGGCCGCGACCUUCGCCAUCGGACUCAUGAGUAGUAGUUCUUCAUCUUCAGGAGUAAAAGAUGAUCAUAAUCAAUAUCAUGAUGUUUCUGAUUCCCUCAAAGGAUUUUGGGCACCAUUUCUUCUUUUUCACCUUGGAGGUCCAGACAAUAUCACAGCUUUUGCUCUCGAGGACAAUGAACUUUGGCUAAGGUACCUUCUAGGUUUCGUAUUUCAAGUUAUUGCAGUUGGUUAUGUUUUCAUUCUAACACUUGAUAAUCAGAAUAACAACAACAAACUAUGGAUUCCAACAAUCCUCAUUUUUGUUGCUGGAAUUAUUAAGUGUUUCGAGCGGACACGCGCUCUAUAUCUUGCAAGCGAAGAUAGAAUCCGGAAUUCUAUCAUUAUAGGCAAAAACAAUUUGCUUAGAGAAUUCAGUUUCAAUCGGAAUUAUUCAAAUCACCAUGGCCAUAAAAUUGAAUUGAUCCAGUCUGCUUUUAACUUCUUUGGAAUUUUCAAAGGGCUUCUUGCUGAUGUCAUCCUCACACUUAAAGACAGGAAGAAUAUCCAACAGUUCUUCCUAAGUACUAAUGCAGAGGAGGCUUACCUGGUAAUAGAAGCUGAGCUCAAUUUCAUUUAUGAUGCUUUUUAUACCAAAGCUGUUGUUGUUCAUACCAAGAAAGGUUACAUUUUCCGAACCAUUUCGAUGGGUUUGCUGAUGAUUAGCCUUAUAUACUUCUCUUUGAUUGAAAAACGUGAUUUUAUUCACAAAUCUGAUGUUCAUAUUACCUAUGUUUUGCUUGUUGAUGCACUAUGCCUUGAUGCAAUAGCGCUUCUAAUGCGAAUCCUUUCUGAUUGGACGGUUAUGGCUUUCGAAAACGAAUCUUCAUCCUUUCUUGCAAAAUCGCUCCAGAAUUUCAUUUCUUUUAAAUGGUUCAGUAGGUUUAGAUCAUAUACUUCAAUAGAGCAUGGAAGCAAGUACUAUUUGGUAAUGGUUAUGCGAUUUCUAUUUCGUCGGUGGUCUGAAACUGUACCUGGGUUUAGCUUUACAAGCUAUAACCUAAACAAAACUCAAAGUUUUGGUCUUAGUGAGAACUUUGUAUACGGGUUAGUAUUUAAAAACAUAUCCAACAACAACAAGCCAUUGACUAUAAACCAGUGGCGUAUAAUCUUUCUUGAGCUCCACCAGAAAUCAUUGGCUACCGGCGAUAAUCUGGAAACUGCCUGGAAUAUAUUUUUAUCUAGAGGAGAAUGGGUUCUAGAAAAAUACAAUAGCAAUUUAGAUAGUAAUAUUUUGGAAAUAUUGUUGUCGAGUGUCACAGAUGGAGAUGGAGAUGGUGAUUAUGAUGAGAGCAUUAUGAUGUGGCAUUUCGCUACCGAGCUUUGCUAUUACACUGAAGAAGAAGAUCAACAAGACCAUGAUCAUGAUUAUGAUCAGUAUAGGGAAUGCAGUAAGCUUAUAUCGGAUUAUCUGCUAUAUCUUUUGGUCAAGAAGCCUAAAAUGAUAUCUUCAGUGGCAGGUAUUGCCAAGGGGAAAUUCCAGGAAACUUGUGAGGAGGCUACCAAAUUUUUUGGGCAAAAAGAGCUGUCAUCUCCUGAGGAAUAUUACAUACGAGGCUAUGAUCGAAUAAUUGCAUGGACAGAAGCAUCGGAAGAAAUACCAUCGAUGUCGAACAAUUUCCAGUUUGAGGGAGGGUCUGUGUUCUCUGGUGCAUGUUGUCUUGCCAAAACAUUGAGAGAGUUGGGGAACAAGAAAUGGGAGAUAACAUGCAAAGUAUUAGUGGAGAUGUUGUGUUAUGCUGCAAGUCAUUGCAGGGCUCUUAUCCACUACCGACAAUUAAGUGAAGGUGGACAACUCCUAACUUUUGUUUGGUUGCUCAUGAUUCAUUUUGGUUUGUGGGAGAUCUAUCAAACAAGUGAGAGAAGCUCAAAACCUGAAUAA